AUGGGUCCACCAAGAUUUAAGGGAACCGAAGGGCCUGAAGACAAGGAAGAAUGGAUUCGUGAGCUCGAACGAAUAUUUGAGCUUAUGGGCUGUAGUGAAGAGCAAAAAGUCUCGUGUGCGAUCUAUCAAUUGGCCGAAGAAGCAAGCCACUGGUGGGAAUCUCAUGCUCGAACGUUGACACUUGAACAACGCCAAGCUUUGGUUUGGAAAGACUUCAAGGAGCUGAUAAUGGAUCGCUAUUUUCCUCAAUCCUACAUAACACAAAAGGAGACCGAGUUCCUCAAUCUCAAGCAAGGAAAUAUGACGCUAGUCGACUAUGAGAGAAAAUUCAACAAAUUGUCUCGAUAUGCACCAUACCUAGUCGACACGGAUGUGAAGAAAGCGCGUCGGUUCGAGCAAGGCUUACGACCUGAAAUUUGUGGAAUAAUAUCCGCCUUGAGAUUGCCAACUUAUAGAGAAGUUAUCGACCGAGCUCAAGCAGUCUCCAAUGGCUUGCAACUAGAGAUCAAAGAUCCACAACACCGUGACUCAUUCGGAAAGAGAAAAUGGGAAGAUUUUGGAAAAGGGAAAAAUGCUCCAACAAACAAGAAAUGGCAACCAACACGUGGUUCUUCAACAGGAUCUGCAUCAUCCAAAUCAAGCAAUGAGAAGUCUCAAUGCCCAAAGUGUAAUAAAUUCCACAUAGGCGAGUGUUGGCGUGGGAAGAACGUCUGCUACUCCUGCGGCGAUCCAGGACACAUGUCAUAUAACUGA